UCAAAAAUAAAUAUUUCUUAUAAAAAAUUUCAGUUUUCGAUAUCAAAAUCAUUUUAUUUUACUAUGAAUAUACGCACUUGGAGUAGAAUGCUGCAAUAUGUUUUACCAAUUGGCUUUCUCGGCUCUGCAGCGUGGGAGGCUAAGCGCUCAACCGCUGGUUCCCGCUUUGGCUAUUCGGAACCGAAUCAACGACGUUGGGCUCGUCACCAUGGCCAUUGUGCGGGCAAGACACAAUCACCAAUCGCAGUACACUCGGCUAAAUCUAUUCCAUUGAAUAUGCCAGCUGUAGACAUGAUUGGUUACCACAAUUUGUUACCAAACCCACUUGUGAUGGUUAACAAUGGACAUACUGUCGCCAUCAAUAUACCUAAACUGACCGAGGAGGAGAAGGCAAAUGGCGACUUUAUGCCGUACGUACGCGGCGGUAAAUUGCCAGGUGAAUUCGAAGUGGAGGGUGUGCACUUCCAUUGGGGCGAUAAGAACAAUCGAGGYGCUGAGCAUGUGAUCAACGACAUCCGUUACACGAUGGAAAUGCAUAUUGUGCAUCGCAAUAAGAAAUACGCAACACUUGCGGAUGCGCUGGAGUUCGCCGAUGGUGCUGCUGUGCUGGGAUUCUUUUUCAAUUUAGACGAAGAUGAUAGUCAAGGGCUCACAGCGAUUUGUCGCCACUUGCACUUGAUACCGGAAGCAAAUGAUGCUAUGAAUUUGACGAUUACCUUCGCAUUGUCAUCGUUGAUAGCCAAUGUAGAUGUGGAUAARUUCUAUACAUAUAAAGGUUCUCUGACAACGCCACCCUGUUCAGAGGCCAUUACAUGGGUGCUCUAUCCCGAUCCGAUACCAAUCUCGCCGAAGCAGAUCGCACGCUUCCGUCAACUACAAGAUACUCAAGAUGGCGCUCUGGUCGAUAAUUUCCGUCAAUUGCAAUCAAUCGGUAAUCGUCGCGUCUUUAUGCGCAACGGUAAUAACAGGCAUACACUUGUGGAGGCAUUGAAGAAAGAACUAGACUAUCAGAAGUGGGAUUGGUACAAUUGAUUCGGUGGCGCAGAACAAAUCGUGAAACAGCUCAUGUCGCUUUUAACACUUCAUUAUCGGACAGACAACUGUCUCGGAGUUUACUUUUAAGUUAAUUGAAUAUUCUAUUUAUUACAGAUAUUAAUAUAUUUAAGCGCAUKGUUUAUAAUAGUACGCUUGAAGCGUGCAGCUACUCAUAUUAUAAGCAGCCGCUCUUAAUAUUGCUGUUUUCAUUUUUAUCAGAGAGAUAUACCAAUAAGCGAAUUAAAUUGUAUUAACAAUAAAAUUAGAAUUUUUAAUUGUUUAAUAAAA